CCCACAUUCUCCUUCCUCCUCAAUAAGCAGCCUUUCUGGAAUUAUUAGCCGAGAAGAUGCAGAAGACCUUCUUGAGAACAUGACCGAGGGAGCAUUUCUAGUCCGGGUCAGCGAGAAAAUCUGGGGUUAUACCCUCUCCUACCGUCUGCAGAAAGGGUUCAAGCACUUUCUUGUGGAUGCCUCCGGAGAUUUUUACAGCUUCCUGGGAGUGGAUCCCAAUCGCCACGCAACACUCACCGAUCUCAUUGAUUUCCACAAGGAGGAAAUUAUCACUGUUUCAGGGGGAGAGCUGCUGCAGAGACCCUGUGGACAGAGGGACAGCCCGCCAGACUACCAUCUGUUGUUCGAAUGACUUUUAUUCCCUUGUCAAUUGAACUCCUUUGGGAAUCCUUUUUUUUGAACUCAACUGAAGAACUUCCAAGCUCAAAUUCUAUGGCCUUCUGGAAGAUCCACCCCCAUCCAGAGGAUUAAGUAGAUUAUUACAUCUCAAGGGAUAUGAAAUAUACGGUGUAUGUGCUGCUGGUCCUCAACCCAGGGCCCAGGACAGAAAUCGCUAAUAACUGAUGCAACUCUUUCAUGAAGAGUUCAGACAUGACCUCAGGAGAUGAAGCCUGCUUGUCAUGGCUGCUCUAAACUCAGCUUCGAGAGCCCAUGAAUCAUGUUUUUAUAAUCCAAAAUAAUUCCAGUGCCGAACUCUGAGUAUAACAUAUGCUAGAUAUUCAAUAAAAUGUUUGUUGAAUAAAUGCACUUCUGGAAGUUUUCCAACAUUGAUCACCAAUGAUUUCUAGUAAGUUAUUUCCUACCUGUCACUGUUCAUAAAGUCAGGGAGAUUAUAGAAGAAAUAUUGUAAAGGAUUCAUAUGGAAAACAUUGAAGAUGCAUCUUUAACGAUGCUCAUUAUUACCCUCAUUGAUAUUGUCAUGGGAAUUACUAAAGCUUCCGAACCCCAGCUUCCAGAACAGGUGACUGACACUGCCAUACCUUCCUCAUCUGCCUUUUCUUCUGCUAUGCCUCUUCUGUCUUAAAAUCACAUCUUGGUCCUCAUUUUGCAGUAUUGAGGCAGUGGUUUCAUGCAUCCCUAUAGAUGUGCCCCAAACCUGGGGCGAAUUAUAAAUCCAAGGAUGGUUUGUAGACAUCCGGUAAGUCCUUUGCUCUCUAGGAUUUGGCCCUCUUUAUGCAGAUUACUCAAAUGAUUACCUUCAUAGGCCUUUGAUUUUGAUUCUACUGUCCUGAGUAUGUUCUUCCUAUUAAGAAGAAGGUUCUCCCACUAACUCUCUAUAACUCUCAGGGAUGGUGUCUGUUUGUGCACAUUCAAGUUUCACAUUUAUGGACAUAUACAUAAGAGACAGCUUGCUAUGAAGAAAAUAAUAUAGGCUCUAGGAUCAAACAGACUUGCUUGCAACUCCCCACCCUGGAACUUACUAGUAUUUGAAUGCUAGCAGCAUUGUAUGUGGUAAAAGUAAAAGGAUGAAUGGACUCUGGGAUGUCAAUGAACUGGUUUACCUUACGUGAUAGUUGCAUCAAACAUCUCUGAUGCUCUACUUCACCUCUGUGUUACCUGUUCUUCAGAUCCUUGGCCACUUGUUUCACCCCAGUUGCAACGACUGCAACCAAUUUUGCAUGGGCUCUGCUCUUCCCCCCUGUGUCGAUUGGCUUCAUGUGAGCAUAUUCCACUGACACCUGGCCACGUGUGGUGCUUUGGGCUUUUCAUCUUCUGUUACUGCAGAGGCAUAAAACCGAGAAGGCUGGGAAAUGAACUCUCCAUGUGGUGAACCUUUGAUCUGUGGGAGACAGUGGCUGGUAGAUCAAUUCUCCCUUUCUCCUCCUGGAGGGACUUCUCUGAGAGGCAGUUCUUCAUAUGGCCUCUUAGAAGACAGUCCUGCAAGAUCAAGCAACUAGUAAUAAUGAAACAAAGCAUAAUGGUCAUUCAGAUCAGCACCCACCCCUGAAUGUCCUUCCCCCUUCUUUUCCUCACUCCCCCUUCUCUUCUCCUGCUCCCCUGGGAUUGCACUUCUGACUAAAGCAGCAGCAUGUAAGUAUUUGCCACAGGCUCUGCCUUGUGGGGAAGCCAGGGUAAGGAGUGUUCUACAAAUGUGCUCAAUAAUAUCAAGUGUGCAACCUGCCUCCAUGGCUUCCCUCCUAUCUGCCUGUCUCCUAGGGUCCCUGAAUGACUAAAGUGCAGUGGUGUAGGAAACCUGCUUUCUGAACUCUAAAGUACUUUAACACCACAACCGAUUAUUAUGAAAAUUACCUUCUUACUUUUGGACUCAGAGGAACCGAAUUUUAGCUGUGGCUGUGCUACUUUUGAACUAUGUGACUUCGUCCAAGCCAUUUAGCUGCACUAAAGCUCCGAGAAGAGCCAUCACUAGGUUUUUUGGCAGGUCAUUUAAAUGAUAAGUAUGAAAUCUCUGUCCAAGUGAAAGGUAUUGCUGACAACCACCACAACAACAGCAAUGAGUAUUUCGUGCUUAGCAGUCACAUGUCAAGGGGAUAUGAUGUGAUGGUUUUUCAUGGUGUUAGAAACAAGUUUUAAUUCCUAGAACUAGUAGCAGCUUUGAAAGCAGACCAAGAUAGGCUGAGAACCUGAACCCCUGAGCUGUUGUCCCUGUCACCCUAAUUAGUAUGUGAGAGACAACAGCUGAGGUUUCAAUACCUAACACAUUUAUUUUAUUUGGGGCCUGCACUUUCUGUAUGUGUCAUAUAUUUUAGGUGUUACCUGGCCUUAAAAUAAAUUCCUUGUAAGUUGUCCUGUGAAUGAA